UAAUCCAACCGUUUCUAAAUGGCGAUUGGAAAAAGAGCAAAAUUAAUUGCAGAUACGGAAAAAAGAGCAACUCAUGAAAAAAAGAAAAAAAUUGCAGAUAAGGGCAACAUGAUUGACAAAAGCUAUCUUAAUUAUGCGGACUUGUACAAGGCCGUGCUCCGUGGUAAGUUGAAAGCUGCACAGGAGUUUCUUGAUUCUCAACCAGAGGCAGUAAGAACGGCACUCACAGAUAAAGGCGAAACGGCUCUUCACAUUGCUGUUACUGCUGGACAUGCCAAUAUAGUCAAGGAGUUGGUGGCUCGAAUGACGAAAGAAGACUUGGGAAUUGAAGAUGGUGACGGUUGCACAGCUCUAAUGAAGGCUCUAGAGUACGGAAGAUCCGAACUGGUGCGCUAUUUGUAUACUCGCACUAAUCCGAUGAAGGAUCAGUUGCCUGCAGAAAAAGACAAAAAAGGAGCUAUGCUUCUUACCCGUGCAAUAUAUUCCAGAAAUUUGGGUAAAAACAUCUGGAUAACUUUACACUCUCGGUAUACAAGCAAUUACCUGCACAAUAACUACGGAGGGGACCUCGAGAUUCGUUGA